UCUAUGAGAAGUUAAUUCACAUGCUAGUCUCAUGCAUCUCUUAAGGCAAUCUUCCCCUUAUUUAAACCCCCCUUACCACCUCCCCCAUUCUCACUACACCCAUUUCUCCAACCAAGCAAUUAACCAUCUCUCUCCCUCUCUUUCUCUCUCUAAAACUCAUUCGCGCUUUCUCUCUCCUCUUAUUAUUGCUAAUACAUCUCCUUUAGUCCUUUGAUAUACAAACAACCUAACUAAUACUUCAACUCUACUAAUAAUUAUAUUACCAUAAUGAAUCCGGUGAGCAAUGCCGCUUUCAUAGCCAAAACCACCUCGGCCAACCACGAAGAAUUCUUCGCUAAGCGAUGUGUGUGGGUGAAUGGGCCGGUGGUAGUUGGUGCUGGACCUUCGGGUUUAGCAGUGGCUGCAGGGCUUAAGGAACAAGGCGUCCCCUUUAUCGUGCUUGAGCGAGCCAACUGCAUUGCUUCACUAUGGCAAACACGUACCUAUAACCGCCUUAAGCUUCACCUUCCUAAGCAAUUCUGUCAACUUCCUAAUUUCCCUUUCCCUGAUAACUACCCUGAGUACCCUUCAAAAGACCAAUUCAUAAACUACCUUGAGUCUUACGCUAAGAAAUUCGACAUACAGCCUCAGUUCAAUGAGUCAGUGCAAUCUGCUGAGUAUGAUGAAACAUGUGGUCUUUGGAGGAUUAAGACCGCUUUGGGUGCUGAUAACUGCACCAACAAGCGCGAGGUUGAGUAUAUAUGCCGGUGGAUUGUGGUUGCCACCGGCGAAAAUGCUGAGAAGGUUGUCCCUAAGUUUUUUGGGUUCCAUGAAUUUGGUGGUGAUAUUAUCCAUGCAUGUGAGUACAAAUCUGGUGAGCAAUACCGCGGCAAAAAAGUUAUGGUUGUAGGGUGUGGAAAUUCGGGCAUGGAAGUUUCUCUUGAUCUUUGUAACCAUGAUGUUCAACCCUUACUAUGUGUUCGUAGCUCGGUUCAUGUACUGCCUAAAGAUGUUCUGGGGAAAUCGACAUUCGAGUUGGCAAUGACACUCUUGAGGUGGUUUUCUCUUCGUACAGUUGAUAAGAUACUGCUGUUUCUAGCAAGUUUAUUGCUCGGAAACACAGACAACUACGGUCUAAAAAGGCCGGAAGUUGGUCCAAUGGAGCUGAAACAAACAGAAGGAAAGACCCCAGUGUUGGACCUUGGUACAUUUGGUAAAAUCAGAUCAGGACAGAUUAAGGUUGUUCCUGGUAUCAAGAGAUUUGCCAGAGGUAAAGUCGCCUUUGUCGAUGGAGAGAUUCGUGAGAUCGAUUCCGUUAUCCUCGCUACUGGGUACCGCAGCAACGUUCCCCUAUGGCUAAAGGAAAGUGAUUUCUUUACCAAAAAUGGAUUCCCGAAAGCGCCAUUCCCCAAUGGCUGGAAGGGAAAUGCCGGAUUAUACGCAGCCGGGUUCACAAAACGAGGAUUAUCCGGAGCAUCAGAAGAUGCCAUUAGAGUAGCAGAAGACAUUGGAAAAAUCUGGAAAGAAGAAACCAAGCAAAAGAAGCCUCCUGCUGCUUGUCACAGGCGGUGUAUUUCGCAGUUUUAAGAUAAACAGCAACAAAUACAACUAAAAUUUGCGAAACUAAACAUUGUUCAGAUAACUUCAAAUUCUUUUUUUUACUUCUUUUUUGUGGAUUUUUGUCUGAUUUAGGCAGUUGUUCAGUUCUGAUAAAACUACACAAAUCAGGUUGCAUAGA